CGGUGGUGGCGGCGGCGGCGUGGGGACCGGACGGACACAUCGACGUGGAACACUGGCGGACGUCCGAGGCGCGUAAUGCGUUUCUCCCAGGUCAGUUGGGUUAUUUUUUAUGCAUGUAAUAUUUCUGUGAAAUUUUAAAUCGGUUUUGUCUUUCCUAGAGUAUCAGGUCGGAUUUUUUCUUAAACCUUGUGAAGAUCCCUACGCAUUCUGAAAAUAUUUUCCCCCUUCGGUUAUUGAGGUAUCUCAAAAUAAUAUGAAGUGGGGGGGGAGGGUCUUGUAAAUAUUUUACAACGACGCUACUUUUAUUCUUUCGUUUCCGGAAUAUUUUUUUUAAUGGACAAUAGUAUCAUUGAUUAAAUUCUGUUGGCGCAUGAACAUUAAUUAAGAGGGGUAUUUAAUGACCUGUGUGAGCUCUAUUGACGAUUUACUCGCAUGCAAUCGAUUAAUGAAGCCAAUCGCGAUUAUUGUGCUAUCGACUAGUAUCGAAAGCGUGGUUUUGGCCGGGGCCUAGCUCUUGCACAUAUUUUGUUUACGUUUUACGUUUUUCAUACCUUGAUGUUUCCGUGUACGCGGAGAAACUAAAUCAUUUUUACGUCCCUUUCUGAAAAUAAAUAUACUGUCACAUGACACUGAUAGUUUGCUGGAGCGUUGUGUAUGGAAGAAUUUCGGAGUACAUGUUGUAAUUUGAACUGAGGGUCACCACUUGUCACCAUGUGCUCAAUGGUGUCUGGGAACAAUUCCUUCCACUUGGAGUGGAGUAACCACCUGGGAAACAUGCAAGCUGUGCUGGAGACUUUGUACAUCAACCAGAGUCUAGUGGAUGUCACAAUAGCUUGCAGAGAUGGAGUUCUCAAAGCCCAUAAGGUGAUUUUAUCAGCGUGCAGUCCAUAUUUUGAAGCAGUAUUUCGAGAGACUCCUUGUAAACACCCUGUGCUCAUUCUCAAGGGAGUGAAUGUGCACGAGAUGCAAGCUCUCUUAAGAUUCAUGUACCGAGGACAGGUUGAUGUCCCGGAAGCAGAACUGUCAGCAGUUAUUGCCACUGCGUGUGAAUUCAAGGUGAAGGGCUUUUCUGUAGAUGGUAUCCCUGGUGGUGAUGAAUAUCGACCUGACUCAGCCUCUGAGCAUGAAAGUGAGAUUGAAACUCCUGUUGAGAAUGUUCAGCCGAGAGUAACAAUUCAUAACUGGAAGGAUGAUAAGAAAGCUGAACACACUGCAAAAGCUAGUGACAAACUAAGUGGAAUGACUGAUGAAAUAGAUGUUACUCCUGUGAUUGUGGAUUCUCAAUCCCUUCAGAAGACUCCUGCAGAAGAUACUCCUGAGAAGGAUGAGAAUAAAGAACAAGAGGAAGCAGAUGAAGAGGAGGCUGUGAGGGAGGAAGUUGACAAAAAGCCAGAUGCUGAGGAGUUAGCUGCAUCCCUGAAGGCAUCUAAAGUUGCUCAGCCAGAUGUGGGGGAAAGUGCUCUUCCCAGCUCCAAUACCAACACGGAAGCUAACACCAAUGUUAGUGGCAGCACCGCUUCUAACACAGCCAAUGCAGUUUGUGCUCCUGUUGCCAGUGGCCCCUCCGGUUCAUCUAGCAGCACUUCUAACAGCAACAGUCCAGCCGUCACUAGCUCAGCCAGUGCCAACAACGGAGAUGCCACUCCCUAUCGGCGAGAGACACGCUACAAGGGCCAAAAACGGGUGGACGUGGGCAUCCGUCCAGCAGCUGGGCGUGCUCGGAUUGUGGAUAAGAGAGAAUCCUCAGGGGGCGAGUCUCGCAGUUCAGCUGGAUAUGGUUCCUCCCAUUCAACCAAAAAGCCCCGAGUGACAGCUCCUUCUCGCAAAUCUGAUUUUGCUGCAGUUCCAGAACAUUCUCUGCCUUCUGUAGAUCGAAUGGAAGACAAGAAGUUAAUUUUGGAAUCGUCUGCAGUAGACAUCAGCAUUACUCGAGCUGGAAGCAGCUUGCUUGAGGAUGGCUCUCCAUCUUUCGUGAAGAUUAAGGCAGAAGCAGAGAGUGCAGAUGAAGAUGAAGAUGAUGAUGAAGCAACAGCUGAUAUGUUCUGCAUACCUCACUUGCAAGAGCUACCUGAUACAGAUGGUGGUGAUCCAUCAGUGUCUGGAGAGGUAGACAUAGCACCGCGAUGGAAUAUGCACGCACCACCCCUAUCUUCAUCUGGCAGGGAGCAACGCACAGUGGUUGAAGCACCUGCAGAAGAAGGAGAAGGGGAUAUGGCAUGCCCAUAUUGUUUCACACGCUGCCCACGAUUUUCAGAUCUCAAGCGACAUAUGCGUCUUCAUACUGAGGACAAACCCCACGAGUGUGAGUUUUGCUCAUUGGCAUUCGCACGAGCCUCUCAUCUGGCACGCCACAGACGAACCCACACUGGAGAACGUCCCUUCCGCUGUCCAGCACCAUCAUGUGAGCGCACUUUCUCGCGACAGGACAAAUUGAAGCUGCAUACACAGCGAGCUCAUCCAGGUUUGCCCUGUGAUCUGGUUCAGAGUGGCACUUUCAUGCGAAUACGUGGCCGACGGCGUAUCCGGGACAAGAACCUACCUCUGGGCCUUCGGUUGGGCAUUGCACCAUCUUUACAACCUGCCAACUUGUCUGGUGGUUUGUCAGCAGCAUCAUCUUCACAGUCUGCGGCACCAGUCGGCCCUGCUGUCAUUUCUCUCCCAUUUGGUGAUACCUCGUACCUCACCUCUUUGUCUUUAGGCCAGCAACGAUACAGUGACCUCACCAUAAGUCCAGUCACAGCGAGCAGCAGUGGGACCAGUAGCAGUGGCGGUGGUACAGGCAGCGGCACUGGUGCCGAAGAGCUUCUAAAGUCAGUGCGCCAGCUGGGUGAAUGUACCAUCCAGACAUUACCUAGUAAAGUUCUAGCAGAGUGAUUUGUGUAGAAGAUGUAAUGUUAGUCUGCAUUCUGGUAUGGUCUGUGCACUUGAGACUGGAACAGAAAUGUAUCCUUGCUUCAGCUGACAGAUGGGAAAUUUGUUUACUCUCCAGUUAAUGUGAGCUAGGUGUUCUGCUGUUUAAAUUCCUUUUUUGUGUGUGUUUGUUUCUUUUUAUUUUACACUAAACUUUAAUUUAAUGCCAUUCCAACUUUCCUUUGAAGAUUUCCUCAAAACCGAUAGGAAUUUCUAGUUCUUUUUUCAUAGUAUAUCUCAAAAGGAAAUCACAAUAUAUUUAAAAUUUAAGGAAUAAGUUCAAAACCUUAGACUACAAAUUGUGGCUUAAAUUUCUUAGUGUCAGAAAUACUAAUUGUAGAUUGUUGUGUAUGUCAAGAAAUUAAAAUUUUCAUUUUCAGUUUAACUAUUAGAUUUUCACUUGAUGUUUAAUGUUGAAAUAUUUAAAUAUUAUGAUGCUUGUCUUAUUUUUCUUUACAACAAGUUUUGUGAUCAAGACACUGAAGGAAUUUAAUGUAUUUGUUCAAACCAACUGCACUGACCAUAAAUAAAGGAUCAGUCUAAUACUACAGAUUAUUUGGUAGGAAGGAACUAUCAAGUUCUAACAGUGUUCUUCAUCUACUUUUGUAACAUUUGUUAAACUCAACAUUUUAACUUUGUAAGUAACUAAACUUAUGCACCAGCCAAUGGCCGUUAAACAUUUUGUUAUUUAAUGAUAUCAUGAGAAAAUGAAGAAAUUGAUCUUUUGAGUGUUCAGACAGUUGUUUUUAAAUCAUUGUAAGAGAUGGCUCUACGAAAUACACUCAUGUUCCAAUAUGAGUUUAAGUUGUUGGGCCAAAAAGAUUUUUCUGCCAAAGGCAGAAUUCACAUAAAAAUUUGUGAAUUGAGAAGCACUCUUAAUAAAUAAGAAUUUGUGGGUUCUCUAUUCAAAGCCUUUGAAUGUGAUUUCUUGUUUUCAUGUAGAAUUAAUGUUGCAACAACAAAAUUGGAAACUCAAUAAAAGGAAUAAAAUUGAUACUUAAGAUUACUUGAACUUUUGCAGUCAUAACACAUUGUUUCUCGUUUGCAAUUAACUUUUCUUAAUUGUUAUAGUAUUCUGAUAUGUGUGUGUGAGGAACAGGUGUGCUAAAUCAUAUGCAUUUUGAGAAAUUGGAUCUAAUGCAGUGUGAUAUGCAUGUUGCAUAUUAGUAACUUUUGUUCAUUCUGCUUUUUUCUGAAUGUUCUUUUCAAUAUGAAGAUUCAUAUGCAAGAUACCUUUAUUGUGUUCAUGUACAGUGUUGUGCGCUAUUUUGUCUUUUACAAUUUUCCUUCUGUGUUUUUAAUAUGAACAUUAUUCUCUCCUUUAAGAUAAAUAGAGUUGAAAUCAAUUUUUCUCUAUCUAAGAGGAAAGAUAGUAUAAAGAGUCUGUUUUUUUUGGGACGUUUGAACAGUCUCCUGUUCUUUUUUUGUAAAAAUGCUGACAUUUUGAUAUGUAAAUGUUUGGAUUUGCAUGUGAUCACAAUUCUCUGUAUUUGUGUUUUUAUUGGAAUUGCUUCUUAUUGAGAAUAACUAUGUGCAAAUUUUACAUUUUGAUUGUCCUCUGGUUUCCAGAAUUUUCAUGUUAAAAGAUUGGUGUUUGGGUUGUGGCUGCAAUACUGCUCAUUUCUACACAAUAGCAAGUAAUUGAGUGUUUUAUAAAUUGACAGAUUUAAUCGUCAAGUGUAAAUACUAUGUAUUCUUAUACCAUUGGUACUAUUAUCCGUCUUCAUUUUAAGAUAAAAUACUCCUGAAUCGUGAGCCCAAUGUUUUGCUUCUUUGGUGCCGAGAUUAUUAGCAAUUCUCUUUUCUUAAGUUGUAAUUUCAGUUUUAUGAAAUGUUUUUGUGAAGAAAAAAAAAGAAACAUUUUAAAACUCCAAAUUUUGUUCUUGGUGCAUUGCAUCAAUUAAUUAUUUCCUCUUGAUUCUUUGAAAGAUAUCUAAUAUCUUUUAAAAAUUAUUAAUGUUUAUUAAGUACAACUUGAAAAGGAUAUCUUAAUGAAUUUGUAGGACUAGUCAGAAUGUAUUUUUCUGUAAUGCUAUUUGUUGUUUUAGUAAUAUUGCUUCUGUUUUUGUGUGCUCUCUGGAUGAAGAUUUGUAAUAUAUGUAAAAUUAAUUUUCAUCAAAUAAUCUUGUUGCAUUGGCACAAGAGAGGUGCGAUUUCUUUCUCUUGUGAACAGAAUGCCAACCUGAAGAUUUUUUGACUAAAAGAGCAAUUUAUGAAUUUUGUUUAGUAUUCUCUUGUUCUGUAUUUUCAAUAAAUUCUUAAUUUAUAAAAUGAAUUUACAUAAAUAUGUUUGUUGUUGCUAAUGCCGAAGUUCUCAUUUUGAAUGAAUUGUUACUUUUGCAAAUAGUCUUAUGAUUAACAUCACAUUGUGAACUGUUCAGAGAAUGCGUUAAUUACUUUCACAACAAGAAUUGUUAGAAAUUUUGGAGGUAAGAAUAAUUGCUUCUCAUAUUACUCCCAAACCUCUCAGGUAACUUGCUGUAUAUCAUUAUCAGAAGGUUUCUGGUUGUGAUGUUGUUUAGAAUAACUUUAAUAGUACAAGUGUAUCCUCUAAUAUGAUCUUGCUGUUGUACAAUAUGAAUGUGUGAACACCAGAUUUAAAUUUACUAGUCAUAAAAAAUUUAAAUUUACCAACAAGUUGCCUGAAAUGUGUUCAGUGUUGUUGCAACUGAAGGCGUUCAAAUUUUUAUUAGUUUGCAAUACAAUUUGAGACCAAAGAAUGAUGUGCAUACAUUGAAAUACAUUGUCAGCCUUAGCGAGUUGUAAACGGGUUAGUAUUAGUAUUUUUCUGUGCCAUCAACUAAGGAUAGAUUUACUUUGUAUUUAUAUAGCUGUAAAUGUUUGUUUAGCAGCUUAAAUGUUAUCAUUUCAUUGAACCUGAAUUGUUCACUAUUUUGUAAGCGCUUAAUUUUAGGGCUGGAUUUAUGUGGAAUGGUACCUAAGGUAUCAGUAAAUGAAUGUGGAAGAGUACCUGUUGAUUGACUUACAAUAGAUACUGCUGUUUCCUUAUAUUUUGGAAGCAUGUAAGUAUUGUGCAAUACUUAUGUGGAAGCCAAGCAUCACAUAUUCCUGUAUUUCAUGAUACUUUGAGUUCCCAUGUAACAAGGCUUUGUAAAGGAAACCUAGAACAUUGUGGUUUUCAAGGAAUAAAUAUUGCAUGGUGAUACACAUAUUAUAUUUUGCAAUUCAUUUCUUUGUGAAUUGCAAAGGUGCCUUGUGGGAGCUUAAGAUAGAUAAUAAGUUGAAAGAGUCCAGCCCUGGCUUGUAUUUUUUGUAAGCUUUGGUUUGAGCAGUCAGGAAAGAUAUGUUUCUGGGCAUGAUCCAGAUUUGCUUCUACUGUAAGUUAUUCAUUUUAGAUUGUAUUAAUAGCCAUCAUAAGUAAAUUUGACUUUGUUGAUGUCCAAAAGCAAAAGUUAAGUUGUGUUAGAAAUUUAUUUUGUUAUUAAUGAAUUUUUAGUUUUUAUUAAGAUAUUAAGAGUUAUUUUAAGGAGGUAUUGUUUUAUUAUAUUUGACUCAUUCAUGAAAAUGAAUGGAUAUAAGUAGUGAACUUUGCUCGACUGUACACAUCUCAUGAAAGUCAUGAGAAGACACCAGUGCAUAUGCUAUAAACAAGUUUGUAUGUAUGUGUUUGUUUGUAUGUGAGUGUGUUUUCUGCUGUGUAAAAUUCAAAAUGGUACAAACUUUCACAUUAUAUGUCUCAGUUCAAGACAUGGUGGCUUGUUACCAUGCUCUGAUCUAAAUGUAUUUUCAUGUACAGUGAUGUAAUUGAUUAUGUCUUUGUGUUUUGUUUCUUCCUUAAAGACACUAAAAUGUUUUCACUCGCACA